CUGUGGUGGGGGCUUGGCGCAACGACGCCACUUGUGUCUGCGCCACACUUCAGGAGUUCUUCGUGCGCCUCCCUCGCGGGCGCACACCUACGUGUACAGUUUGGCCUUUCAAGGCACAGAAAGUGUGAAAACUGUGGUGUUUUGACUCAGCAACAGCGUCUUAGUCGUCGUAUGGCACUCUGGAAUGCCAUCUGCUAAUCAAGACAGGCUUCUUGCCCCACACGUUGACUGAGUUAUCUCAUGCCUUUGCGGAGGUUCCGGUGAAAGUGUCGUGUUCUGGUGUGACAGUGCGAAGACAAAAAAAGAGGAGUGCUGACCGCCAAACCAGUGGUGCGAAGAAAUUAGCGGCAUUCCGUGACAGUUGCGGUCGUCAGAAUAACGGAGAAAAAAUAUUUCUUGAAACAGUACGGUAAAGUCACCAAAGACCACAGUGGAUUUGUGAAAAAAAAAAACGUUAAUGGUGUUUUUCUUCACGACGGGAAAAAAUGUAGGGACAAAGCGGCAGAAGUGAAAAGUUCAACGGCGUUUGGAAAGCUUAUUCCGCAAUGCAUGAAUCGAUUACGGAAACAUUCAAGGACCAUGGCACAUAGAGACACAAUGAAGGAUACUUCAAUCUACAUCGUCUGGUUUGUCUUGGUCAAUGCAGCGCUGUCGGCCGUGUCUGCCGACUUCGAAGCAAGCGAGGAAUCUUGCAACAUAACGUUGCCAUGGACAGUGUUGAGAAAGGCCUACGAGGAUGUCACAGACUCUAUUUUUGGCACUCUAAUGCAGUGCCCGCAAAACCUACACGGAUGCUCAGAUGAUCUCAUCAGCUGUAUUCCAGCCACGUACACAGCCACAUGUUCAUGCGCACCGAACUGCCGGUUAUACAGGGACUGCUGCUGGAACGUCCCUUACCGGGAGCUGGCGGAGGAUGAGCUUCCGAAUAGUUCGUGUGUUGAAGUGCAGAUAGGAUCUUCGUGGAAGAAGUUCAUCUAUAUGGUGACCGGAUGUCCACGGGCGUGGCCCGAUGACGCAGUGCGCGGCAAGUGCGAAAUGGCGGACACGUUUAACGACACAUUCUACUUCAUUCCUGCGACAAGCAUGGGGCACGUCACUUACAGGAACGGCUUUUGCGCCCUCUGCAAUGGCGAUAUUGAGAACGCAACUUUCUGGAACGCUACCAGCUCUGGGGCUGCAGACCGCGUUCGCGUAGUACUUCCAGAUGUCGUAGAAAACGAACCUUCUUUGCACUUAAGGCCCUGCAGUGAAUAUGCACCCAAUGACAAUUGUACUCAACCUGUACCCGGAUGGGCAUCUCGUAGAUGCAAGGCAUAUUACGCUCCAGUUCAGGACGCCGAAGACCCCCUCGGUCAAGUGUACCGAAACGUGUACUGUGCUAUCUGCAACGGUGCGAACAUCUCUGCGUUAACAUGCAGUCCAGCUCAGCACCUCAGCAACGUUAGUGUGAUCAGCAGGAAGACCAAUCUCCUGCCUCCGGCCGGUGGCCCACCCAACCUGGCCGCACUGUUCAAGCCCGUUGUGAGGACGGCUAGUUGUUACGUGGAACACAACAGCCACUGCUACAUCAAGAGUGCACCCACAUUCUACAGUGCGAGGAGCCGGAUGGGAGUUGAAAUUAUGCUUAACGAAACUAACGCGUCGUCACCAGAAACACCAAGGCGUGAGCUGACGGGCCACUACAAGAUACACAACUACAUUACCGUCGUAUCCAUAUCACUCUCUAUAUUCUGCCUCGUAUUGAAAAUUGUAGUGUUCUGCUUCUACAGAGAAGCACGCAGCUUCUCAUCUAAGUGCACGCUAUGUCUGUCCGUCACUCUGCUCCUCACUCAACUAUUAUUCCUGCUCACAAGCUGCCUACCUCUUCCCGGUGUGGUCUGCGCGAGUACAGCUGUUCUGAUUCAUUACGGCUUCAUCUGCACGUUCCUUUGGACGACUGUGUUGUCGUUCGACAUAUGGAGAAGCGUUACGGCCAUGAAGUUAUCAUCUAUGCGUGAGAAGACCUUGGCGGUGUACGGCAUGUUUGCUUGGGGCGUCCCUACCGUGCUCGUUCUCGCUGCCGUGGCAGUGCAAGUUCUAGCACCAUGGUCAGAAUUCUCUCCCAGCUACGGCAGCCCCACAUGCUGGAUCGGCACGUUCUGGGGCCUCGCCAUGUACUUUCUCAUUCCCAUGGCGACGCUUCUGCUGCUGUGCAUGUUCUUUUACUUCUCCUCCGUGUUCUACAUUCGCAGCACAUCUGCCGCGGCGUGUACUUCGAGCGAUGACGCGGAUCUGAGGGGCGACGGAGGAAGUAGAGUUCGACAGCAAAGAUACCAUGCGGCGCUAUUUGGUCGCCUCGCUCUCAUCAUGGGCGCCGCCUGGGCGGUCGCAUUUCUCGGGACAUUCAUGCCUUACGAGGAAAUUGACUCGGUGGUUAAUGCACUCGUGGGAUUGCAAGGGGCGUACUUAUUUUUUGCGUUCAAGGACUACCGCUACUUGUGCUCGUCAAUGUCGACAAAAUUGAAGUCAAUGCCUCUGUAUAGCAGCAGCCACAGGACUUCGAGCACGGACGUCUCGUUGAAAAAAACCCGCCUCUCCAGGUAGAUGUGGGGUAAAAACAUUUGUGCUUCGGAUCACUGCUGAUGUGCUUCUCACAGCUGUUGCACCAUGUAUACACAGCUACGUUGUUCUUGUAAACUACUUACCAGCAGCAUUAGGGAUUUCUCAUUCUUCUACUCAAUGCUUCUGUAAAUUAAACGACAUACAGUGCUUAUGUGUUGAAACAAGCUGAAUGUAAAA